AUGUCUCAAUUUGAAAUCAAGAUUGGCUUGACCUUACUCUCUUCCCUUGCCUUUAUUGUAAAAAUAAUUUUGAUUUGUGUAACUGUGGUGUGUAUGAAAAAUUUUGGCAAAGGUCUUGCAGAAACAUUUAGAAAUACCCAAUCACUUGUUUUGCAAAAAUCAACCAUACAACCCACCUCAGCUCCAUACUAUAGUGAUACUAUUUCAGUAACUUCUAAUGCUCUUUUUGCAGUAACAUCUUCUGGUGAUAUUGUUAUUAAUGAUGGCAGAAAGCAAAUGGUUUCAGUUUCAUUGACAAGAUCAAUUUCAGACGAUUCUGGGUUUUUGGGCUCGUCUAGCCAUAACUAUUCAUCUGGAGACGAAGAAGAAAUAAUUCCAAUUAAUAGACCAAAGCAAUCUAAAUAUUAAUUAUUGAACCCAAUGCACAUCAGUAUUGUAACACCACCAUUCUUCUAUUAGGUUAUUUUGCAUCUUGCAUUACAAUUUAUCUGUUAUUUGAUUAUUGCCGAGAAUGAAAUAACAGACUAAAACAAAAUGUACAUUCAAAAUAUACAAACAAGCACAAACAAUCCUCUAAGACUAGUCAACAGAGAAACGAUCAGAAGGAUUCAGUGUUUUUGCCACACGACCAGUAGGGAAGAAUUUCGAAAAUAGCGGCAAACAGGAAUCAGAACACAACCAUUCGAAAAGGUUCUUUAAUGCCCAUCUCCAACACGUUAUGGAAAUACUGUUAGCUCAAAAAAAUCAAAUUGUACAAAGGAUACUACAUAUGCAAAACCAUCAGCAAGAAUUCACAAAUUUAAUUUACAAUAACAAAUCAUUUU